CGGAAAUGGCUGCUUAAGUGGCGCACUUCCGGUAAAACCGGACUGGAAUAAGCAACAACAGCAACCCGUAAGCAUCCUCCAGUCAGCUUAAGUUUCUCCUUGACUCAUUAGGAAUCUAAACAAAGUCAUGGCGAAUAUAACCAACGAGACGGUUAAUGCUUUGUUGAUAUCGGUCAGCACACAGCUGCCUCAAAUGCUUGGGGCCAACUGGAGCAGCAGCAGCACCACAAUUGCCCCACUAGAUAGUGACAGCACCACCAGCACCAGCAGCACCACAAGCAGCUCUCUGUCCAGCGAUUCGGAUGUAGAUAAAUCAGAUAUAAUGCACAAUCAAUUUGUACAGAUCUUUUUCUAUGUGCUCUAUACCACCGUCUUUGUCCUGGGCGUAUUUGGCAAUGUGCUGGUUUGCUAUGUGGUAUUACGUAAUCGUGCCAUGCAAACAGUUACCAAUAUAUUCAUUACGAAUCUGGCUUUAUCGGAUAUUUUGCUGUGUGUGCUCGCCGUGCCCUUCACACCGCUGUACACUUUCAUGGGUCGCUGGGCAUUUGGGAGAACGUUGUGUCAUCUGGUUUCCUAUGCCCAGGGCUGCAGCAUCUAUAUAUCAACACUGACCCUGACCUCGAUAGCGAUCGAUCGCUAUUUUGUCAUCAUUUAUCCGUUCCAUCCACGCAUGAAACUCUCCACUUGCAUUGGGAUUAUUGUGAGCAUUUGGGUUGUGUCCCUGUUGGCCACAUUACCGUAUGGCAUGUACAUGAAGAUGUCCGAGGUGACUGGCAAUGGUACCCAGUACAAUGAGACAAGUCUGGACAGUGCCACGCCCAAUGAUACAUCUGCUGCCCAGGCCUAUAUGCAGCUCCUGAGCGACACGGAAUCCCUGAUGGUCUGCGAGGAGAAUUGGCCAGCGGAACAAUAUCGCAAGGUGUUCGGUGCCAUUACAGUGGUGUUGCAGUUCCUGUUGCCCUUCUUCAUAAUCUCGAUUUGCUAUGUCUGGAUCUCGGUCAAAUUGAAUCAACGAGCCAGGGCCAAACCAGGUUCGAAGUCAUCGCGGCGGGAGGAGGCGGAUCGGGAUCGCAAGAAGCGCACGAAUCGCAUGUUGAUUGCCAUGGUGGCGGUUUUUGGUCUCAGCUGGUUGCCCAUCAAUCUGGUGAACAUUUUCGAUGACUUCAAUGACAAGUCAAAGGAUUGGCGCUUCUACAUAUUGUUCUUCUUUGUGGCACACUCGAUUGCCAUGAGCUCCACGUGCUACAAUCCCUUUCUCUAUGCCUGGCUGAAUGAGAACUUUCGCAAGGAGUUCAAGCAUGUGCUGCCCUGCUUCAAUCCCUCCAACAACAAUAUUAUCAAUAUUACCCGAGGCUACAAUCGCAGCGAUCGUAAUACCUGCGGUCCUCGUCUCCAUCAUGCCAAUGGCGAGGGCGGCGGGGGAGGAAGUCUGGAUGCCGAUGAUCAGGAUGACAACGGCAUCACACAGGAGACCUGUCUGCCCAAGGAGAAGCUACUCAUCAUACCACGGGAGCCGACCUAUGGCAAUGGCACUGGCGCUGUGUCACCUAUACUCAGUGGGCGUGGCAUCAAUGCAGCCCUCGUCCAUGCACGACAGCCGCAGCUCCAACAGGAGCAACAACAACAACAGCAGGUGGAAUUGAUGCAACGCAUCCGACGACGCACUGAUGAUGAUGGCGACUACAUUGACUCGGGAGAUGAACAGACUGUGGAGGUGCGAUUCAGUGAGACACCCUUUGUCAGCUCCGACAACACGACGGGCAUCAGCAUCCUGGAAUCGAGUAGUCAUUGCCAGGAGUCCGAGGCAUUGACCGAAUUGGGAGUUGCUAUUGCAGGACCCGCAGAUGACAAUAGACGAUGUAACUGAGACAGGAUUUUUGAAACGCAUUUCUAGACGCAGUUGCUGGUUGUUGUGGAGCUCGAGGAAGUCGACAACAACGAGAAGACAGGGAAUGUGACAUAA